CAAUGAUAUUGAUACACGAAGGAAGGAGAGCCAAGAAAAGAAAGAUUCUAUAUUCGGAAACUUUUCAUUCUCCUACACAAAAUCCUCCAUGGAAACACUAGUACCGUAUUAUAAGCGUUUUGAACCUCUAUGUCAUCUAGCAGAUCUGGCUCAGCCUCACACACUUGAUCGGCUAGAAUAUUCCGAUGAACUCACUCCAAGCUCUAUGAUCUGCUACAUAUGCAAAGGAGAGAUCUCUCAGCAGAUUAACUACUACUCUUGUUACUAUUGUUGUAUUUGCGAUUUGAAAUUUCAUUUUGAUUGUGAGUUGCCUGAGAUUAGACACCCUUUUCAUCCCUCUCACCUUCUUACCCUUAUCUCACUAGAUCUUGAAGUUCAUAGUUGUAAUGAUGAUGAUGAUGAUGAUGAUGAUGGGAAGCAUGCGAAAUGCAAGUGUUGUCGGAAACGUCUUGAAGACGAAUACUAUCAUUGUUCUGUUUGCAAACUCAGCUUCAAUGCUUCUUGUACAAGAAACCAACCACCUCUCACUAUCACACCACCGAAGAUCCAUGAGCAUGCCUUAACCGUCUUCCCUAGAAGGCUCCCUUUACCCUGUGAUGCUUGUGGUUUGUCUCUUGAUGAAGAUGACACUGAUCACAUCUUCGAAUGUCAUCCAUGUAACUACAUGGUUCAUGGAACAUGUAUCUACUUACCACGCGUCAUUAAGAUCACUCGUCACUCUCACCGCCUCUCUUUCACCUCCUCCCUUCCUCCUGGAGACUAUUCUUGCGGGGUUUGUCGCAAAACAGUAGACAUCAAUUACGGGCAGUACUCUUGUACUAAAGGAUGCCACUAUGCUAUCCAUUCAAAAUGUGCAACGAGGGACGAUGUAUGGGAUGGGAAAGAUCUUGAAGGAGUACCCGAAGAUUCAACUGAGGAUAUUGAGCCAUUCGUGAAGAUUGAUGAGAACACAAUACAACAUUUCAGUCAUGGCCAUUAUAUGAGGCUCCACAAGAACUGGUUUCUUGGAAAUCAAGAAAGCAAGCUUUGUGAUGCUUGCAUCCUUCAAGUACUACCUUCAGAUCCUUUCUAUAGAUGUAUGCAAUGCGAAUAUGUUCUCCAUGAAACAUGUGCAAACCUUCCUCGCAAGAAAAGCCAUCCGCUACACAAACAUCCGCUUACCCUCCACCCAACCUCUCCUGAUUCCUACCAACUCCCUCCUAAGUUUUAUGUCCACGACAUGUUCACAUGCUACGGGUGCCAGCAAUUAGGAUGUGGUUUCGUGUAUAAAUGCGCCGACAGUUACUGUAGAUUUGUUCUUGAUGUAAGAUGUGCUUCCCUUCCGGAUCCUUUAAUCCAUGACCACCAUCCUCAUCCCCUCUUCAUGAACUUGACUGAAGGUGAAUGUAUGAGGUGUAAGUCAUUAUCGAACUCCUUUUUUUUUCUUGAAUGUGUUAAGUCCAAAUCAUUUUUGUGUCUCACUUGCGCUAAUGUGCCUAGUGUGGUGCACUACAAGUAUGAUAGUCAUCUACUCACUCUUUGCUACGGAGAAGAAGAUGCAACAAAUCUUAAGUACUGGUGUGAGAUAUGUGAGUCCAUAUUGGAUCCAAAGAUAUGGUUUUAUACAUGCGACAGUUGUAGGGUUACUCUCCAUGUUACAUGUUUAUUGGGGUUAAAUAUGUACCUGAAGCCACUAGUGACCAUCAAAAGUUACAAUCAUGAUGAAGAGAAGAUGGAAAUAGUACGCAACUGUAGUAGCUCUCGACCAGUUUGUGAUCAUUGUGCUGGUCGUUGCGUAGAUUCUUUGGUAUUUAAGUGCUCAAAAAGAGUGUUUUGUACUUUAGAUUGUAUGCAUGCUUCAUGGAUUGAUAUGGAGAUUCAAUGAAAAGGAAGGUGUGAUCAUGUAGAAGAAGCAAAAUAACAAUUAAGGAUCAUGAUCUUAAAACUUUUUUUUAUAUUUCGAUGUGUUUUUUUACUUUGCAGCUUUGUUUUGUAUGUUGGUUAUGAUUUUGUCUCCAACAUGUGUAAUGUAAUUUUACAUGUGUUUUGAUGUUUGAGACUUU